AAUUAGAUUCCGCAGCGAAUUGCAUGCAUCUUGCGACCAGCGCUAAUAUAAAGAAAAUGGAUGAAACGGUUCAGGACAACGCGGAGGAGUGUGUGAACAGUUUUAGUGAUGAACAGGAUGAGGAGAUUGGUUUGGAGGAAUCGUCGGAUGAUAGUGACGACUCCACAGAAGCGAUGUUCCUCGAUGAUCUGGAUCCCCUCUGGGAUCGGCUUUCAGAUCCCUCUGAUGAUGACUGGUAUCCUGAGGUCACUCCACGGAAAAAGAAGAGAUCUGGUCUGUCUUCUGUAUCACCAUCUCCAGCAAAAUCUUGCAGGUCUGGAUCACCUGCCUCUGUGCAAAGUGGCAAGGGGAAAGCUAGGAAAAGCCGCACAAGACAAUCCCUACCUUUCUCCAAAAGCAUGUCCGAAGAGAAGUGGAGAAGUGCAGAUGAGCCUGAUAUUGAGCCAACACAGCCAAUAUUCAGACCUAAAAACACACCCGGCCCACAGUUAAUCUCCACUGCAACAUGCAGUCCUCUGGAUUAUUUUGAGUUGUUCUUCACAAAAUCAGUGCUGAAGACAAUUGUAGAACAUACAAAUGCAUAUGGAGCCAUGCGUCAAGAAGGAAAGAAGAAGCCAUGGGAGGAUAUUACAAUAACAGAUUUCAAGUCAUUCAUAGCACUGGUGAUUUAUAUGGGCGUGCUGAAAUGCUUCACGCUGACAGACUACUGGAAAACAUCAGACUUAUACAGUCUGCCGUAUCCUGCACGAAUCAUGUCUGGGAAGAAAUUUCGUAGAAUAUCUGAGGCUCUCCAUAUUAGUGAUCCCAAAGUUGAUGCAGAGAAUGACAAGAAGAGGGGAACACCUGAAUACGACCGCCUGUGUAAGAUCAAGCCGCUGUACGAGGACAUUAGGGAUGCCUGCAGAGCCUCUUUCCAUCCCUUUCAGAACAUCUCCAUUGAUGAACGAAUGGUGGCCUCAAAGGCUAGAAAUGGACUCAAACAAUACAUGAAAAACAAACCUACAAGAUGGGGGUACAAACUUUUUGUACUGGCGGAUUCCCUCUGUGGCUACACAUGGGACUUCUUCAUUUAUGAAGGAAAGGCAAAAUCUGAGGAGAGAAAAGGUAUUAGCUAUGACUCUGUCGUGAUUCUGGCAAACGAAAGGUUGUUGGGAAGCGGCUACAAGCUGUUCGUUGACAACUUUUACACCAGUCCCAAACUCUUCAGAGACCUGCUCCGUAAAAAGAUCUGGGCUUGUGGCACCGUUCGCGCGAACCGCAUUGGCCACUCAAAGACAAAGGCUCCUCGCGGCAAUAUUCGCUGGUUUAGGGAAGACGAUCUGCUGUUUGUUGAGUGGAAGGACAAGAGGGAUGUGCUGAUGUGCUCCACCUUUCAUAAAGCCUUUAAUGGGGACUCCAUAAAGAGGAAUGUGAAAGGAGCCGAUGGAGUUUGGGCCCUUCAGGAUUUCCCUGUUCCACCCGCAGUGCUGGACUACAACAAGCACAUGGGAGGAGUGGAUCUGUCUGACGCACUUAUAGGAUAUUACACAGUUCUGCAUAAAACAAAAAAGUGGUAUCGGUCCUUCUUUUACCACUUUGUGGACAUCGCUGUAGUCAAUGCCUUCAUUCUGCACCAGCAGAUGGCCAAGAUGAAGAACCAGAAGCCUCUGACCCAGAAGGCCUUCCGGGAGACGCUUGUUAGACAGCUUGCGGAAACAGGGCCUGCAUAUGCCUCUGAAAUAGUACGGCCGACUCCUUCUACAGAAUCCCACCUGCCCAAGUACUUAAAUGGGGACAGCACUUUUGGAAGACGGAAAUGCAAAAUGUGCCCCUUUAAAACUCCAGUCAUAUGUGCAACUUGCAAGGUGCAUUUAUGCUUUGUUCCAAAGCGUAACUGCAUGGUUAAAUGGCAUGAAUGAGAUGAUGAGGUUGAAACAGAGUAAUGCCCAAGGUAUACAUCGUAUGCAAGAGUAUGUGUACAGUUGAACGAAUAGCCUUUCAAAGUAUACUCUGUUUGAUGCAGGUGGUUGACACAUGCCCUCUAGAAAGUUUCAUCUUUGUCUAGUGUCUACACUAUUUUUCUCUAGAAGUUUUGAUGGUUAAAAAUAUCUUUGUACACUUUUAAACUAAAGUUGUGCCUCAUAAUCCCGUGUCAAUACAGGCGUCUGCUGUGGUUUUUUCCAUCUCUUUUAGUUUAGUUUUCUAUUAUGAAACAGCAGCCUGGAAUAACUGAUUUGUGCAUAACAAAUUCAUUGCACAUGUGCAACCUGCACAUACAGAGGUGUGGUUACAAAAAUCGGGCUGUGAGCAUACAGUACCCAUUUACUAAUCUGGUGACAAAUUUGCAUCACAUGCACUGUACAUGCACCCUCGCAUACAUGUCAAAACCAAAGUAUACUUUGGGCUUAACGCUUACAGUGCAGUUUAUUCAUAAUCCAGUCCAAACUGCCAACCAAAAUUUAGAAAUCAAGGUAAGAGCAUUAUCAAACCCCAGAAAUGCAACAUGAAACUAGCAAGACAUUGAAGACAGUCUAAUGGCAUUUGAGGCUUAUACUUAUAAACUUGGAAAAUAUUAGAAAAGACCGGUAGGUUUUUGAGAAUUCGCAUUGCAAGUAGAUAUGCAAAACAAUCUCCCAUUUUUAUUCUGUUGCACUCGAACCACGCUGGAACUGUAUUUUUAUGGCUUUUGCACCAUCAGUUUAACCGAUCCAGACUUAUUCACACAUUUAUGGUUUGUUUGUCCAUUGUGGUGCUGCAAAAUCAGAAUGUGAAAAUAUGUGGCCAGUCCUAAGUGACUAAAACCAUUUGACCAUUGUAGCUCUCCUGUCCUGAGCACAGUUAGCUAACUUUGCUGUAGAAUCUGUGUAGAACGGUUUGUAAUUGUACCAAACCCUGAUGAUAGAAAAGUGCUUAAUAUUAGUCUUGCAACUGAAUAGACAUUCAAAACACGUUAUAUCAUUGUAUAUAAUAUUCUAAAGGUCUAGAAAUGUCUUUGUCUGGUUUAAGAGAUGUAUGAGCUGUUUGUAAAUUGUUGCAUGCCAUUAAAUACAUUUGUUAUU